AUGAACGGAGUAGAAAUCAGACCAGCUAGAGCACUCGAGAGAAGCUUACAGUCCGGAGGAGAGGACCUAAGACCCAAGCGAAAAGAUAUUGUGUUUUCCAAGUACUGCUCUCAUGGACCUCUAGCAAAGGACAUCAGAUUAUGCGUAGACCCGUGUCGUCAGCCAACUUGUGUGUGGUGCAAGCAACACGGAGUUUUCGAUUACAAAAACAGAACCACAUUUGAAAGGGACUCCCUACCGGAAGUCGCCAACACUUGGGUUUCUGACGACAUCCACAUGGCUAAGACCUUGGCCAGAGAGGAUGUCUCUACGUCAAUGAAAGCCACAAUGGACUUGAUCAGCGAAUAUAUACCGCGAGAGCAGUGGAGCUCGAUGUACUGGCAUGCUAGCCCAUCGUGCAUUGAAGGUUCCACUGCCAACAUGCAGAAGAGGAACGUGAAGGAGUUUGUAAAGCUCACACUAUGGACCCUCAGUCUCAUGAAGCAGUGCAGACCAGGAAUGUGGACCCUGGAACAGAUCCCUGUAAUCGCUAGAUACGUGAUGUUGGAGACACCAUAUGCUGAAGUCUUGAACAUGCGUGAAUUCACAGCCCAGACGUCCGACAGGAAAAGACUCAUCGCCUCUAAAAGAGACCUGAAACUGCAAAAGCUGUCAGCGGAGGAAUACAAAGAAAAAUUUAUAUCUCCGAAGAGGAUGCUAAUGGAAGCGUACGAUCUCAUGGACAAGGAGAUUGAGCUAAUACGUAAUGGGCAUAACUACGUAAGGUCAGCAGAAGAGCCGGCCUACACAAUCACUGGUAAUCCAAUUCAGUAUGGUCCGCAAGGACCCGACAUGAAACCAGUGAAGACACCAGAGUUACUGAGAAUGAUGGAUAUUAAGAAGGGAGACUUUCAAUUCCCAGAUGACCUCAACGCAACGAUGAUGUUAAAAUUAUGUUGCCAGUGCAUACCACCGUCGUUCUCAGAAGAGAUGACAGUAGCAGUGCUAAACACGUGGCAUGAUGCUAAUAAGAAAAAUAUACACAACCAUUUCGAAGACAUAUUCCAUGGAUUCGGGGUCGAAUCCGAAAUUUUUGCGGGGGACCCGAUGGCCAUGAGAACGGGAUGGGACGAGUUGAGGGACAAUGUAGUUCCCGACAUUGCAAUGGUUAUGGAUCAGGACACUUGGCGCAUAGGGAGAGUGGCGGAACAUGACCAUGAAAAGAAGAGAAAAUUGGUAUGUUUGGCGUAUAACAUGGCAGUUGCCUGGUAUGACGAAGACGCAGUCUGCAAGCCAGACGGAAGGUUAAACACACGACACAUGACAAAGGAAGACCUAGCAAAGGCUUCGGUCAAAGCACAUACAAUGCAAACUGAGUAUGCUCAGGAGCCUUUGAAUAUGAGCGUGAUAGACUUGCCUGACAUCUGCAAGGAUGUGCGUCCCAGACCAGACAGAAACCGUGAGGACCCCAAAUAC